CGUUGCUGUCCCAACCCUCAUCUCGAGAAAGUCAGCGACUGCGCCUUCUCUCUCUCGCUCCUUCUCCACUUGAUGCUCGGCCUCGCCCGCCAGCAUCGCCUUCUCAGCACUCCUUCCCGCCUUCUGUCCCUCUCCCACCUCGCCCUUCUCUGCCUCCACCGACCCGCUCAGCACCACGCUGCACGCUUCCUCAUGACGACUCCCAGUCACCUGUCCCCGGCGCCCGGCUGGGACAUCAGCAAGAAGCCCUUUCCGCCAGCCCAGCGUGGUGACCAGGUCGACACCUACAAGAGCGCUGCGCAGGGUGAAGUGAAGAUCGCAGACCCGUACCGCUGGCUGGAGACGCCGCCCAACCAGAGCCCAGAGACGAAGAAAUGGGUCGAGUCUCAGGCCGACUUUGCGCAGUCGUACAUCCAGCAGUUUGAGGGGCGAGACGAGCUCAAGAAGCGUCUCGAGGCUAGCUUCAGUUAUGCGCGAUACUCGUGCCCCUCUUUGAAGUACGAUGGACGAUUCUAUUACAACUUCAACUCUGGGCUCGAGUCGCAGAGCCGCAUCUUCAAGGCAGACCCGAAGCAGAUUGAUGAGGUCGAGAAGAGGGGUAGCGCAGCAGACGCCGGACCGCCAGGAGAGGUCUUCUUCGAUGCUAACAAGCUCAGCAAAGAUGGCACUGUGGCCUUGACCGUUCUCUCCUUCUCCCACUCUGGCAAAUACCUUGCAUACGGCGUCAGCAAGUCAGGAUCAGACUGGUACAGCGUCUAUUUCCGCUCAACGGACAAGCCCUUUGCUCCCACCGAGUCCGCCGUAGAGGAAGCCGACAAGGGUGGCAAAGAUCGUCUGGCCGACUCUCUUUCUGGGCUCAAGUUCUCGGGAGUCACCUGGCUACACGAUGACUCUGGCGUUCUUUUCCAAACUUACCCUCCGCCAGCUCAGGCCGCCGACUUGGGGAGCGACACGGAUGCCAAUCGCGAUGCGCGACUCUUCUACCAUGCUAUGGGCUCGAAGGGAGGGGACGAGGAUCGCCUCAUCCUCGGCGUUGACAAAGCCCAUCCGAACGGCAUGUGGGGAGCAGAAGUGACGGACGAUGGGAAAUUUCUGUUCAUCUCCAACAGCGAGACGACCGACCCGCGCACGAGGCACUUCGUUGCGGCCCUCAACGAGGACGGCUCGAUGCCCAAGGAGCUCAAGUGGCUCUGCGUGGCGGACAAAUUCGACUUCAAUCUAGGCCUUCUCGCCAAUGACGGCAACAAGUUCUACCUCAUGACGAACAAGGAUGCUCCGCGCUACCGUAUCGUAACAAUGACGUUUGACCCGGCGAAGGCCAAGGCCACGACGGAGCCUUGGACGUUGCCCGUUGAUGAUUCGGUCAAGAUCGAGGAGCUUGUUCCGGAGGGGCCGGACGGCGCCGUACUGGGCUCGGCAACUGUGCUCGACAAUGACAAGCUGCUCCUCGUCUACUCGCGAAACGUAAUCGACGAGCUCCACUUGUAUGACCUCACCUCCGGCAAGCACAUCGAGCGUCUCCUGCCCAACCUCGUAGGCUCCAUCGGUCAAAUCAGCGGCAAGCGAGAAGACACGACCUCCUUCGUCUCGACCUCCUCCUUCGUCAGCCCCGGCACGAUUCAUCGUCUUGAAUGGGACGGUGGCAAGCGCGAGCAAGCACCGCGAGUCAAGACGCAUCGCGAGACCAAAGUACAGGGUAUCGACCCGAAUGACUAUGUGAGCGAGCAGCGCUGGUUCACCUCCAUGGACGGGACGAAGAUUCCCUGCUUCAUUACGCAUCACAAAGACACCAAGCUCGACGGAACUGCUCCUGCUUGGCUAUAUGCGUAUGGCGGGUUCCAGAUCCCCCUGUCGCCCGGCUUCUCGCCCUCGAUGAUGACCUGGGUCAAGUCCUUCGGCGGGGUGCUGGUGUGGGUGAACGCGCGUGGUGGUGGAGAGUUUGGUGAAGCCUGGCACGAGAGCGGGAGGAGGGCGAACAAGAAACACACGUUCGAAGACGUCCUCUCUGGGGCCAAGUACCUCGUAGACGAGAAGAUUGCAGCAAAGGGCAAGAUCACGAUCAAUGGCGGAUCCAAUGGUGGGCUCACCGUCAUGGCCAGCCUGAACAUGGCCAAGGAGGAGCACGGCAUUGGUGCUGGAGUGGCUGAAGUAGGAGUUCUGGACCUGCUUCGCUUCCACCGCUUCACAAUCGGAGCAGCCUGGCGAGCAGACUACGGGGACCCUGACGUGCCGGAGGACUUUGACUUCAUUCACCCCAUCUCCCCGCUGCACAACAUACAGCCUCCAGGAAGCGGUCACGCCUACCCGGCGAUGAUCUUCCUUACCGGAGACCACGACGAUCGUGUUUCCCCGCUGCACACAUUCAAGAUCGUGGCUGAGCUGCAGCACCAAUUGAAGGAGAGUGAGCGACCCAUUCUGGCUAGGAUCGAUCUGGGCAGUGGACAUGGGGCGGGAAAGAGCACGCAAAAGAGAAUUGAGGAGACCAGGGAUAAGUACGCGGCUGUCGCUAGGGAGUUGGAUCUCAAAAUGCAGGGGUGAGCGUCGGCGGUAGAGAGAGUGGGUGAGGGCAGUGUUGCCUCCUUUGUGAAGCAUUGAAAAGCAUCAUCGUCGUCAAUCGUCUCAUCGUUCUUCAAUCAAACAUACGACCUGUCCCAUCUGUAUUUGCGUCAGUACAGGAUGGCCCGCCUACUUCUGCUCCAGAUCCGUAAAGUCAAAGAUGAAGGCGUCCUCCAACAAGGGCUUGACGAAGUCCAUGUACUCCAAGUGGACGGGGUCCUCACCAAGGUAGUAGGCCACGUCGCGCUCGUUGGCGAAGAUGGCGAUGAAGAUUUGAUCGUAUCCAUGUCCCUUUCCUUCUGGGCUC